AUGGAUCCUCGUAGUUUUCCGUGUAUGCCACCGUAUACACAAACACCGGAUCAAAUGCGAGAAGCGUCACGUCCAAGUGUCGUUCAUCAUACUCAGUUCGAUCAAGUCGAACCCAUAUCCAAUUCGAAUUUCUUCCCGCAACUUCCUAUCGCAUCAGGAUUUCCAUUUCAAGAAAUCGAUCAUCGUAUCUAUGAUGGAUCGACUAAUGUACACCCACUAGCAACCGUCAGCCAUACGGUAGCUCCGCCUCCAGUAAUUCACACUGGAGACACGUUGAAGAAUACUGAGCUGAAGCCUUUCACCAAUUAUCCAACGAGAGGGUUUGCAGAAAGCGAUUUCUCGUUAUUCAACAGUUCGGUGUUUCAAUAUCCAGUUCCAAACAUCGAUGCCACUCAAUUUUCGAUGAAGAAGGGAUCGAAGGCAUAUAUACGGCAUAUUGAUGAAUUUAGCCCAUACUUCACACAAAGCAUCUCCCAUAAUUAUUCAAAUCCGCCACCAAUACAGAUGGAAACUUUCGGCUUAGGAAAGCAAAGUGAGAAAUCAUGUAAUACGACGCAAGACUGUCAGGUGUGCCAUUCGACUCAUGCGAAUGGACUGCACUUCGGCGCGCGCACCUGUGCUGCUUGUGCGGCGUUCUUCAGACGAACCAUUAGCGACGGAAAGAAGUACGUCUGCAAGAGAAGUCAACGAUGUAACAACCCAAGCAAAGACGCAACGGGAUAUCGUAAAAUUUGCCGAAGCUGCCGUUUGAAGCGAUGCAUGGAUAUCGGGAUGCUUCCAGAUAAUGUGCAGCAAAAACGUUCAAGACGGGACAGUCCACCAACUGCUGUACCAAAGACAUUCAACACCAUAUUUCAGCCGUUUUACAAUCACGUACAAGCUAAUGGCACAUCGUGCACUGUUUCAUCGGUUUAG